GUUUUCAAACCGUCAAAAUGUCUGCAGACGAAGACACUGAACUGAGAGAUUUAGUUGCUCAAACUUUAGAAUCAAAUGGUGUCCUUGGAAAAAUAAGGGCAGAGCUGAGGGCAAGUGUGUUUUUGACUCUAGAAGAGCAGGAAUCUGUCCAGAAUAAAACCCCAUUUCUGAAUGCAGAAUUGAAGAAGUUUUUGAUCACCAAAGAAGGAAGGCUGGUGGCUGGCUUGGUGCAAGAGUUCCUGGAGCACUUCAAUCUUGAAUUUACUCAGGCGGUGUUUGAGCCAGAAAGUGGGGUGAAAUCUGUUUAUGACGGUCGUGAAUCUCUGGCUCACGAGCUCAACUUACAUGUAGACGCUACCAUAGGGGACAACAACAAGCAGCCCCUGCUGAAGGAGCUUGUCACCAGGUUACAGGGAGAGAAAACCAACAGAUCUGGCUUUGAUACCAGUGUACCCUGUUCUGGCGACUGGAAUAUACCAGAGGAUCUGUCUCCAAAGCAGAUUGAAGACGCCAGGAAGAAAUUUGAAUACUAUGAUAAGGAUCAAAAUGGAACGAUUGACAAAGAUGAACUACGCAGCCUGUUCACUGAUAUUUUCCCGGGUUUUCACAGGAACAUGUUGGAACGAUACGUAAAUGAUGAAUUUAGAGCUGUUGACAGAGAUUUUAGCAAUAGUUACCUGACCUUGACUGUCACGGAGCCAGGUAUAGACUUUGAAGAGUUCCUGAACAUGUACCGGCGAUUGUUCAUCCAGUGUAGGUCUGUGGUUGCUGGGGAUGUCUCUGACCUUGUACCUCAAAGAAGCACCAAAGACAGCCCGCUGUCCAGUUCCUCACAUAAGGGUACAAGUAACCAUGUUGGGAGUAAAGGCGGGCGUGGCUGGGAUGAGCCAGCCGGGGAUUCCCAGCACAGCUCAAAGGGACAGAUGAAACCAGCUGUAGACCCAUACAGCAGUGAUGUGGAGGAUGACCCCUUCUUCGAUGACCCAGUGCCCGUGUCUAACACAGCUGGAUUACAAGCCAUCAGACGUGGGAUAAUGGCCAACUCCAGGGACAAGGCACUAUACUCAGGUGGCAAACCUGAUAUGUAUGGUAGUGUUAACUGUGGUGAAAGUUCAACAUCACAGAGCAAGCCAGAUGACAAAGUGCAGAACAAGUCUGACCAUAAUGAAGUUGAUUUGUUGGGAGAUUUACCUCCCCUUCCCACCAGCAAACCACCAGAGUUACCUUCCCGACAGUCACAGGAAAAUGAUUCCAGAGGAAAAGACAACAGCGGCAGUUUGAGACCUUUGGAUAAACGGAUGUCAGACAUGGAUCUGAGUGACAUGGGAGGAGAUUUUGACAUUGAAUAUGAAGAUGAUUUCUUGAGCACGCAGAGCCUUAGUCAGAAGAGCCCACGUACUUUGAGCAAGUCUGACCACAGAUCACAGAAUGAGAACGGCAGCAUAGCUGAAGAGAUCGAGGAAGAGAUUGAUGAUAUCUCCAUAGAAGCCGACGAUUUACUGAAAAGUCAAAACAGCGCUUUUGAUGACCUCACAACAGAUAGGACCAUUUCUCAACAUGACACAGGCUUCGAUUACGCUGAAGAUAUUCAACUACCUUAAAUUAUUUUUUACCUGGGUAUUACUGUUAUUUCUUCUUAAAUACCAUACACUUGGUACGAUUGAAGAUAUCCAUAUACAGUGAUGCAGUGUACCAAUUCUGCUUGCCAGUUGCAGUUUCUGCUCAUUUUAGAACCUUACUGAAUCAAGAAUAAGUGCAUAUGUACAUCCAGCAAUGUAUAACUUUGUACACGUAUGUCACAAUUCAUUGCUUUACGAGAUCUGGGACAAGUUUCUUAAAGUACAUUCAGUGUUAAGCUAAAUGUACUUUAUAUCUUACUUUAAUAGCUAAGUACAGUUCAUGGACUGGGGCCAGAAUUAGGUUAGCUCAAGGAAUCUCUUCAGGCCUCUAAAUUAGACACCUAUAUAAUUAGGAUAAACCUGUAUAAUGUAACCUGAACAGAAUGAUCUAUAUACCCUGGCUGAAAUAGAAUGACCUAUACAUGUGUAUAACUUGGAUAAAAUGAGAUCACGUAUACAAGAUGAAUUUGACAGAACAUGGAUCACCUAUAUACCUUGGCUGAAAUAGGAUCACCAGACAGAAGUUACCAUAAGUGAUUUUGGCUCCUAGUUUUACUUAAUGGAGAAGAACGCAUUUAUGCAAUGUAUACCUGAAAUGAAUGAGCUAUACAAACUCUAUGGAAUUCUGUUUUUCUAAGUAUUCCCCGAGAGAAAAAUGGUUUUGAAUAUUAUCAUUUUCGACAAAAUCCACUUGUUCAAGGCACAUUGAAAGUCUCGCCAUGUUUGAAGGUUGUCCAAUGAAAGGCCUCUUUUUCCUCUUGAAUAUUUAUUUUGACUUACUAGGUUUUACUCCUACCAUAUGAUUAAUGUGGUGCCUUUCCAGUCUCGGCUAAAUACAUAUGUAUAUCGUGAUAAUCGUGGAUUUUAAGGUCUGUGAUAGCCAACUCAGAAAAGAGUUUGGGAUGUACAUGUGUGGCUAAAGGCUACCAAAACCAUAAUGUGUCUGGAUUACCAUGCCCUGAAGAGCUACUGGGCAAAGCUAAACACGAUGACCUAUGUAAUUUAAAAUGGCGGCCUAAAGUUGACUUCUAAGCCAUUGAUAUUAACCUAUUAAAUACUCAAAUAACAAGCACUGCUGCCAGAAAAUUGAGAUAUUUUAUUUAACCGGAAAUAUAGCUCUUUCAUUUAAGGUAUAAGUUGUGUAAAUGAAUUAUUUUCUUUCAAAACAUAGGGUUCAUUUCCUAGUUUAGUGAUUAUCAAAUCAAUCAUGGGCUGUCAUUAAUCUAGACGAAAGAUUUGAGCCAAACGGAUUUGCAUAUCCGAACAAGAUAUAGGCUACAUCACUUUUGUACACAAAUGGUUAUUUCACACAGGACAAGAAAUCUACGAAAACAACCCACUUGGACAAAGAUUUUUUUUUUACAUAUUUUUUUAUAUGUAUAUAUAUAUAUAUCUGUGCACAUCAUUGCCUUCACAGGCAAACCAAAUCAGAUUCAUUUUAUUUUUUAUUUUUCAGUCAGAUUUAAUUUUAACACGUUUGGACCAUUUUUUUUUUUUUUUGCUCAAUAAUCAAGCCCCUCUGUAGGUGCAUUCUCAUGGUACAGAGGGAUGAAUAUUCACUUCACCAUGAAUUUGAAGUUCACUCAUAAAUCUAUUGCUUUUUGUUCAAUGUCCAAGUGUUUGUUAAUUUUUAUACGUGUGUAUUAUUAGUGACAUUUUAUGCACCUGUAUAAAAAAUAUUGAUAACUGAUUGUGACAAGCAUUUUCAUGAUUAUUAAUGGAAAUUAAGUAUUUAUGAUAAAAAAGACCGGAACUCUGGUACUGAGUGCAGUUAUGAUUUGAUUUUAGUUGUAUAGCUUGGACCAUUGUCUCCAUCAUCAUUUGGCAUGUUUAAGCCAGGCAGUAUUUGCAGUAAAGUGCACCUAGUGUAGGCCUAUCAAAGGAUGACUUAAGUACCAAAGCAGGCGUUGUGUGUUUACAGUAGAUGUACUUCAGAUUAUGUGCUACAUGGAAUUGUUUCCAGUUGCAGAAGAAUCAAAAAAUCUUUUUUUACGAAUAUAUAGAGGACAGUGGUAUACAAAACUCACUGUUAAGAAUGUGCAUGUUGUAUUUUACUGUGAUAUCGUUCUUAUUGUUGCCGUCCAUGGUUUUUGUUGUAAGAGUUGUAUUAUUAGAACUUACAAGUGUAAAUGCAUUAUCCAUGCGGAGACAAAAUUAUAUGUGAAGGAAAUACAUAUUCCUGAAUUUGCGGUGGUAGAAGGUAUCCUGGUUCCCACCCUUUUUCAAAGACAUAAUAUCGUACAUGUUCCAGAAAUUGCCCAGACCAUUUAUAGAAGUAGAAACCUUUUUCUCUUAUUCUUCUACCUUUCAACCAAUAUUUUCAAACAUCGUGCGAAAACCAUAGGGUGUAGAAAUAUAAUUUGCAGUUUUGUGUAGCUUGCAUCCUUUUAAUGUCAUUUUCUCAACAAAUAUCUGCAUAAAUUCCACAGAAAAAGUGCUUUAGAGGUUGAAACGGUUGAAGAAUGUAUUUAGCAUUGAAAAUUCAAGUACUUGUACUUAUCCCAAAAAUUUCUCUUUUUUGAGGAACCAAUGGGAAUCCUGGUACAUGGAAUUCAGAAUUGUUUCUGGAGUUAUGUUCUUGUAUUGUUACUUUAAUCUUCUAGUUACUGGAUAUAAUUUAUUUUCUAUUACA